CGCUCGAGGAAACGGUUCGCUACCGUUGAUUUUCAAUUCCAUAUCGUUCUAAGUGCUACCUAAUCGGCAGUUCCCGUGCACACGAUGGCCAAAAGUGUGGUGACAGUGGUCGUGGUGAUGCUUUUCAGUUAUUCGCUGAUGAUUACUUCCGCGGUCAAUCCCUCAUCGAAGGUGGACUUCACCGAGGUGGACGAUUUGAACGAAGAUGGCAAUGGUGAUGGGUUCGUGAGUGUUUACAAGAACUUCCCCAAAAUUCAGGUAACGGUCGAUACGCAAAAGUUGAAGCGCGUACCACAACCGGAAACGAAAAGCGAUGAGUCGAGUUCGGGCAGCUCCGGUAGUUCCGGGUCGGAGUCCGUCGAGCGACCAUCGGUCGGUGUGCGAACGGACAUUACGAUCGAAAUCUCGGAAGAAUCGGCAAAUGACACGCGCACCGUAACGCACAUCGGUGGAGGGGAUCGUGAGGUGAAAAAGGAUCGCAACGGAACACGAACCAGCACCGGAACCGGUGGAACGGGUGGCAAAAAGGAUCGUAAUGGAGGGCCGAGCGAUGGUGAGCCGGAUGAUGAUAAUGCUAGCAUUCCCGUGUUCAAAGGGAUGGCCGGUGUUUCUCCGGCGAAACCGAAACCAAAACCAACACCGGAACGUGGCUCUCCGGGAAUCCGGCCUGUAGUGACGCUUAAUCAUCGGCCAACGUCACCCAGCUUCUACUACGGUAAUGAUGAUCGGAAUCGUGUCAGCGGAGAGUACGACGGAUGGAAGCGUCCCCAUACGUUGACGGCCAUUUGGACGACCGAGAGACCUUAUCUCCGACGGGUGGAUCAUGACAAUGCAGGUCCUCAUCAUCAGACGUACUACAAGGGCUACAUUCCGUACAAUGUGGGCCACCACCACCACCAUCAAUCGACGGAACAUCAGCAUCCGACCGGGGUUGACUGGAAGCCGUGCUACUGCAGCAUCUACCAACCGUGGGCCGCACGUGCGCCAUCGAAUCCCGUUCUACCACCGGCAGGUCCACCACCACCGCAACACCCCCGCAACAAGGUGGACAACAAGGUGGACGUGCAACCGAGUGAGGCGUACCAGCACCAGCGACAGUACCGCUCCAUUCGCUCCUAGGAUCGGGGAACGCGGACACGCGGUCCAACCUUCUCACAACAACACAACCACCAUCACCACCUCACAUCGUGUCACAUCACCCCGCUAGUCGAUAAGAUGUCGUCCCUAAGCCCUUUUACUCCCUCUUUAUUUUUUUGGGGUCCCUCGUCAACCUCCCUUGUCUACGAGCCAAUA